UAUCCACGCUUAUACCUAUGUACGUAAUUACCCUUAUAUCAUUUUCUCAUCUUUCACAUACAAUACUGCUAUGCGAUGCUUCACAUUUAAGCAUAACUAUUACUACCUUAUACACGUACCGGUAACUCCUUGUAAGUAGUGCUAGUAAAUAGCCACAAACAGCACGAUGGCAAAACCUAAGUCAUUCACCAAACAUGCAAAGGCAAAGUCCAAGAAGGAACCAAAGUUAGUUACAGCAGAUGACUUCCAAGCCGCUGGUGUUGACUUUGAGGAAGCUGCUGGAAAAUGGCGUGCGGGGGAUGCUGCCAAGUCAAUGAGGUUCUUUCAGCGAGCUGUGGACAUAUACGACCAAGGCCUGCAAAAGUUCCCUCAAAGCGUAGACCUGGCUUACAAUAAAGCUCGAGUACAACUGGAGAUAGCUACACAUCCAAUUCUGGUCGAACAGUUGCAACGGCCACUGAGGGAUGUCCUGGAAGAAGGCUUAGUAUCGCAUCAGUAUGUGUUACAACUGGACCCUGCAAAUGACGAUGCACUCUUCAACACGUCGCAGGUCCUCACAGCAAUUGCCGAGAUGAUGGCAACGAAUGAGGAAGAGCCCGGUGACGCCGAAGCAAUGAAAAUGCUUCGUGAAGCGCUUGAGCUGCAGGGAAGAUGCCUCGGCAUCCAAGAACAGAAAUAUGAGGAAUUUCUCGCGCAAGAACGUGCUGCAGACGAACAAGGGGGGGCGGAGAAUACCAACCCGCCAGAUGCGGCAUACACUCGCGGUGCAACCGAGGAUGCUGAUGAAGAAUGGUUUAAUGUCAUCGAACCAGUCACCCGCGACACCCUCAUCGAUACGGUGCUUGCCCAGCUAGGAACUUUGACCACCUUUUGUAGCAUUCUAAGCUCUUCGUUCAAACUUGCCCCCAAAGGAACGCUUGCUUGGGUUGAGGGAAUCUCGACAACACUUAUAAGGAAGGCUGAGUCAUUCUCUUGCGACCAGCAAAAUAGGUUACGUGAAAUUGCCUUGGCACGAGCAAACCUCUUGUCGGCGAUGCUGGAAGCGGGAUAUAAGUCUAACCAGAUUGAUGUCGAGACUUACAAACGAGAAAGAGAUGCAGCUUUUGCUUCGACCGAACUCCAGCUUGAGCGAUCAGUAGACGGCCUUAUCCACAACGCCCGCUCUUUGUUGGCCUUCAACUCAGCGCUAACUGAUACCAAUAAUGGAGAUGUCCAGUCACACUCGGUCCUACGGUGGAAUGCUCUCACGGCGAGCAUAGCUAAUUUGAGAUCAGCGUCGGCAAUGCAAGGUAUUUCCGAAGACGACCUAUCCACAACGCAUCUCCUACGCGGUGAAGCAUCUCUAUAUCUUUACGGAAUGGCCUUCCCGCCAGCUUCGUAUCCCACGGCUACAAGCAGCGCCAUGCAAAACGCCAAGAAUGCAGAGGUAUAUUACCGCAAUGCGAGCAAACUAUCCCAAGACCAGGAAGAGAAGGAUAUCUCUUCAAUAAGGUCGGCGGUGGCUCAGUACUUACAAGCCUAUUAUCAGGGCCAGGGCGCGGGAUGCGUCAGUGGCUUGUUCCAAACUUGCGCCCGGGGUCAAGCGUGGGUUGCCACACAGCUUGAAGAGAUGAUGGCUGAGAAUCUUGUACCACAAGGUGCUUUUGUAGAUCUCUAACCUAAAUGAGUAUCUGGCCCAUGGAGCUGGGAACCUCAUGACUUGCCCUCUCAUCA